CCCGCGCCCCGCGCCCCGCGCCCCGCGCCCCGCGCCGCAGCCAUGCCGGCCGGCCGUGCCGCGCGCACCUGUGCGCUGCUCGCCCUCUGCCUGCUGGGCAGCGCGGCCCAGGAUUUCGGGCCGACGCGCUUCAUCUGCACCUCGGUGCCCGUGGACGCCGACAUGUGCUCCGCGUCCGUGGCCGCCGGCGGCGCCGACGAGCUCCGGACCAACGUGCUGCAGCUCCGCGAGACCGUGCUGCAGCAGAAGGAGACCAUCCUGAGCCAGAAGGAGACCAUCCGCGAGCUGACCACCAAGCUGGGCCGCUGCGAGAGCCAGAGCACGCUGGACACGGGCGCCGGCCGCAAGCCCGCGGCCUCGGGCAAGAACACCAUGGGCGACCUGUCCCGGACGCCGGCCGCCGAGACGCUCAGCCAACUCGGGCAAACUUUGCAGUCGCUCAAAACCCGCCUGGAGAACCUGGAGCAGUACAGCCGACUCAAUUCCUCCAGCCAGACCAACAGCCUUAAGGAUCUGCUGCAGAGCAAGAUCGAUGACCUGGAGAGGCAGGUGCUCUCCCGGGUGAACAGCCUGGAGGAGGGCAAGGGGGGCGCCAGGAAUGACACGGAGGAGAGGGUCAAGAUCGAGAGCGCGCUGACCUCGCUCCAUCAGCGCAUCAGCGAGCUGGAGAAAGGUCAGAAGGACACGCGGCCCGGGGACAGGUUCCAGCUCACCUUCCCGCUGCGCACCAACUACAUGUACGCCAAGGUGCGGAAGAGCCUGCCCGAGAUGUAUGCCUUCAGCGUCUGCAUGUGGCUCAAGUCCAGCGCUGCCCCGGGCGUGGGCACCCCCUUCUCCUACGCCGUGCCCGGCCAGGCCAACGAGCUGGUGCUCAUCGAGUGGGGCAACAACCCCAUGGAGAUCCUCAUCAACGACAAGGUGGCCAAGCUGCCCUUCGUGAUCAAUGACGGCAAGUGGCACCACAUCUGCGUGAGCUGGACCACGCGGGACGGGGUAUGGGAGGCCUACCAGGAUGGUACUCAGGGCGGCAGCGGCGAGAACCUGGCCCCCUACCACCCCAUCAAACCCCAGGGUGUGCUGGUGCUGGGCCAGGAGCAGGACACGCUGGGCGGCGGGUUUGAUGCCACCCAAGCGUUUGUGGGCGAGCUGGCCCACUUCAACAUCUGGGACCGCAAGCUGAGCCCCGGGGAGGUGUACAACCUGGCCACCUGCAGCACCAAGGCCCCCCCGGGCAACGUCAUCGCCUGGGCCGAGAGCCAGAUCGAGAUCUACGGCGGGGCCACCAAGUGGACAUUCGAAGCCUGUCGCCAGAUCAACUGAGCCCGGCUAGCCCCCGCCCACCCCUGCUUGUGCGGUGAUGACCAUCCGUCCAGUUUCCUGUCCUCCCCGCCUGGCGUCCCCCCUGCACGCUAGGCAGGCCUGCCUCCCACCUGCCCUCGGACCCCGUCUCAGGCAUGUGUGAUCCCAGCUAACGCCAGCAGCCGCGACUCUGAGAGCCAGGGGAAGCCAGUGAGAAGG